UGCCUCCUCCUUUUUCGCACAAAGAAGCUCAGGCUGGCCACCGCGGCACCGCCUGACUCCAUUGCCACAGUCAGCAGCAGCCAGCAGGUCGGCUGCUGCCUGCUGCCCAGCCCGGCAGUACGAGUCCACAGCGCCACGGCGUACUAGCCGAGCCGGCGGCCGCAGCUGAACGCCGCCGAUUGCUCUGGUCUGCCGACUGCAGGAACACACCUGUGUAAGGCAAUGCUUACCAUCCACAGCACCAACAAGCUACAACUAGUAUGGAAUGUUAUAUCCUGUGUACUGCUCUUCUACGCUUUCUUCACUUCUGAUUCACCGCAUAAGAUCCACCUCAGCAAGAAACCUUUCAACUUCACCAUAUCGGCCUCUAGGUUGUUGCAUGAGAUCGGCGUCAAUUCAGGACUUCUUGAGGAAAAGGUGGACACUAGACAGAGGUUGGCAGAGAACACUCAUAGCAUUACCAACAUUACUGCAAAUGCGAGGUCUGGAUGGAGCAUUGUGAACGAAGAAUUUACAUUUCCUGCUGGGAGUGCCCCUUUCAAUAGCUGUCAUGCUUCCACUAUUGUACAGAUUGAUGAAGGCAAUUUUUUGGUCGCGUAUUUUGGUGGAUCCAUGGAAGGUGCUCCGGAUGUCAAAAUCUGGUUGCAGAGAUAUAGUGGUGGUCACUGGCAUCCUCCGGUAGUGGCCGAUGAGCAAUUCGGGGUGCCUAUGUGGAAUCCUGUUCUGUUUCAGCUUCCCUCUCGUGAGCUGCUUCUCUUUUACAAGAUUGGUCAAGAAGUCCAGAAGUGGAGUGGUGCCAUGAAAAGAUCGCUGGAUGGUGGCAUAACCUGGUUACCAAGAGAGCAACUACCACCUGGUAUCCUUGGUCCAAUUAAGAACAAGCCUUUCUUGCUUGAAGAUGGUCGCCUACUAUGUGGAUCAUCAGUUGAAAGCUGGAACUCUUGGGGUGCAUGGCUUGAGGUUACGAAAGAUGCUGGACGGACAUGGAGAAAGUAUGGCCCUAUUUAUGUGGAUGGACAGCCACUUGGGGUGAUUCAGCCAGUUCCCUACCGCACUGCAAAUGGGAUAAUUCGUGUGCUGCUCCGAUCAUUUCAGACAAUAGGCCGUGUCUGUAUGGCUGAUUCCUUUGAUGGUGGUGUGACAUGGAGUUUUGUGCGAGGGACUGAGCUUCCCAACCCAAAUUCUGGUAUUGAUGGAGUAAAGAUGAAGGAUGGAAGAGUGGUGCUUGGCUACAACACCUUCUCCAGAGGAACGCUAAAACUUGCGGUCUCCUUGAACGAUGGUGAUUCUUGGAAUGAAGUGAUGACCUUGGAGGAUACCAGUGGUAUGGAGUUCUCAUAUCCUGCAGUGAUCCAGACAAUGGAUGGCCUCAUACAUGUGACAUACACGUACAACCGGACGCAGAUUAAGCAUGUUGUUAUUAAACCUAGUGCCCUGGUGAAGUGAGUCCGCAACUAUGGGAGGAUUAUGGAUUGCAACUUCCAGGAACUUAAACUUAUCUUUGCCACCAUGCACUAGUAACUGCAGAGAUCAAAUUAAUCCAUCUGUUUGUGUAUAUGAAAAAUGCCGUGAGAUUCAAGUCAAAAAAUGGGCAUAUGAUCCUGAUGAGCAUAUAUUGUCUGUAUGAAAAAUGUUGUCAUAUUGAAUUUGGAGGACUAUUGCAGCAUGUCCUCCCUCCUAUGCCACUUCUGAUGGUCAUAUGCCCAUGAAACGUGCCAAAUUAAGUGGCAGGCAAUCAACCAACUGUAGUAUGAUGACAAACCAAGCAGCAUACAUUCUUAA